UCUGAGAAGAGGAACGGGAAAGGGGAAGAGGAGAGAACUAACGGAUAUCCAUAUUGUCCAAUUAUUUCUCUCAGUCUGUCCCUACAUCCCCUUCGUUGAUCUCAGGCAAAGUGUUGGAGCUAUUUUAAGACAUUCCUCAAACCAAACUGAAAACCACAAUCCCCAUUACGGUUUGCGCGGAAAACCAGGAAAACCUCUACAAUUGCAAGUACAAUACCCACAGGAACUGCAUGAUCCAGAAUUUAGCGCUGGACCCUUAACCACAGGCAGAUGUUACCUUAAGAAAUACAUCUUAUAUUACCCUUUUCCCUGUGUUAAGGGGUUUUCAGGGAUUUUUUUAUUGCGAGUUAGCGGAAUACGAGAGCCAACUGGAUGUUUGGAUUUCUCAGGAAAAGGGGGCUUGAUCAAGGUGCACACACAAAAAAAAUACUCCUGCUGGAAAUUUGUCCAGAGAUACUCCAGACACCUACAGGGGACCAAUUAGGCCAAGAGCUUAAGAAUGACCUAAACAUGGGACUUCAUCUUUGGCUUUCUCAACUUUUUUAAUAAAGUGUGCCAGAAAGCAGGCUGAAAACACCGCAGUCGGUGUGGCCCACUAACAAACACAUUUAUGGGUCUUGUGCUCAGGGCGGACCUCUGACUGACACAGCCACGGUGGACAGUGUCUCCACAGAGCCUCUGGCUUCUCGGAAGAGCCCCACUAGAUUUUUCCACAACCAAACUGGGCAGAACCUCUCCUCACAGGGACCUUCCAGUUGGUCAGAGUAGUGUGCACAGUGCUGCAAUUGGCCAACUGAGGCAGGGAAUGUGAUGCUGAUUGGAGGAUGUCAGGGGACUGGGAUGAAGACCUGUGCAAGAAGGCCCUGAUGCUGGUGGAGGAGUUGUGCUUCCGCUCAUCGGAGGACUACAGCCAGAAUGAGCAUUGCCAGGAGUUUAACUACAUGCUUAGAGGUGGCAAAUGGCAGCCUGACACAGAGAUCUCUGUCAGCCUCCUCUCGGUCAUAGUGACGUUCUGCGGCAUUGUUUUGCUCUCCGUCUCUCUUUUCGUCUCGUGGAAGCUCUGCUGGCUGCCCUGGAGGGACAAAGAGGGAGGGGGCCUCAGCCUUACGUCGGGGCUCCUCCCCGGGGGAGGAGUGGGGGGUGGGUCAUCCCUCCUCCCGCCCCUCCUGCAGAGGAAGGAGACGCACUCCUCCUCCUCCCUCUACCCCUCUCUCACCCAGCCCACUCAGCACCACCCCCAUUUCACCGACAUGCUGACGGUGGAACGGUGCGAGGGAGGAGUGAUCGGGGGACCGGAGAGGACCCCCAUAGGAGGAGUGGUGGGGGGAGCGCCGGAGAUGCAGGAGCAUUCCUACCUGGACAUGGACUCGUACCCCAACAGUGCGGGGGGUGGGUUGAAGCUGAGCCAGACCUCUCCAGAACUGCCUCCAAACUCUGAGUCAGGCCCAGCCUCACAGUCCCAUAGAGACUUGCCCAAUGCCCACUCCCAGCAGCAGGUCGCUGCACGACCACGACCCAUGACCCACCAGCUCUCCAGCCCUGAUUUCCAUGGUGAUGAGAAGAGUGAACAAGUGACCAGCAUUGGCCAGAUCAAGCCAGAACUAUACAGACUGCGGCAGGGGGAGCAGGGGGAAGGGAAACUGGGGGACACCUGCGGCAAGAUCAGUUUUUUAUUGCGCUACGCCUUCAACACCGAGCAGCUGGUUGUUAAGAUCCUAAAAGCUCUGGACUUGCCAGCAAAAGAUGCCAAUGGAUUCUCUGACCCCUAUGUCAAGAUCUACCUGCUGCCUGACCGAAAGAAGAAAUUUCAGACAAAGGUCCACAGAAAGACAUUAAAUCCAAUCUUCAACGAAACAUUUCAAUUUGGGGUGCCCCUUGCCGAACUCCACUCGCGGAAGCUCCACUUCUCUGUUUACGACUUUGACCGGUUUUCCAGACACGACCUCAUAGGACAAGUGGUGGUGGACAAUCUUCUGGACUUCAGUGAGGGGAGCGGGGAGAAGCCCGUGUGGAGGGACAUUGUGGAGGGGACAGCAGAAAAGGCAGACUUGGGAGAGCUAAACUUUUCCCUGUGUUACCUACCCACGGCAGGCCGACUCACUGCUACCAUCAUCAAGGCCACUAAUUUGAAAGCCAUGGACCUCACUGGCUUUUCCGAUCCAUAUGUGAAAGCUUCACUGAUUUGCGAUGGCCGUAGGCUGAAGAAGAGAAAGUCCUCCAUCAAGAAAAACACCCUCAACCCUGUCUACAAUGAGGCGCUGGUCUUUGACAUACCUCACGAGAACAUUGACAGUGUGUCCUUGAUCAUCGCUGUCAUGGACUAUGACUGUAUUGGUCACAAUGAGGUGAUUGGCAUGUGCCGUGUAGGCAGUGAUGCAGAAGGACCUGGCAGGGAACACUGGACAGCCAUGUUAGCCAAUCCUCGGAAGCCCAUUGAGCACUGGCACCAGCUGAUGGAGGAGAAGACAAUGAAUACAUUUGUGUCAAAGAGUACCACAGCAUCCCCAAAGCCUCACAUUGUGGUGGACAGUCCUCACUCUGAAUAGAGUGGGUUCUCAGGCACUGUCCUCCUUCCAACGUCAGACUACAAUCUCCUUCUCAUGUGUAAUUAAUUAUCUAUAUUUAAGAAAGGCAGAGAGAGAGGUAUAGAGAGACCUUAAGUAUCACAUAGAACACAGAAUGCAGAGUAGACACUUUGAGUGAAAUUCCAGUUCUGCGCACAGAACACACACACAGACAGUAGCACACACACACACACACACACACACACACAGUAGUACUCACAUAGACAGAGACACAAUGCAAACAGAAUUGUCUGCACAGUAUAUUGGUGCAAUGCACAGAUAACAUGUAGAGACACAUAUGGUGCCUACAUUCUGAAGAAAGUAUUUCAUGGACAUCUAAACAUUUGAUGUAUAUAAACAUAAAGGAUUCAUGAUGGUGAGGUUCAAAGCGUGAAAAACAUUUCUCUCUUCAUAAAAUGAUUUGGUUCGUUUUAAACAAAGCCUGGGUCAAAAUAUCUAAUUACAACUAUGUCGACUUUUAAACUAAAACAUUUUAAUUAAAUCAUUAAUAUUAUGUAUAUUUAAUACAUUCUUUCUCUUUUUCAUAAUUUGGCACCAAAUGUGGGGCUGAACAUGUCCAAUCCCCACUGUAAUUUGGAAUGUUCCACAAUCUGCAAUCACAGUUCAUGAGCAAACCCCACUGCCAAUUCAGGAGAGUGUAGACAUUUGUGUUGCCAGUCUGCUUUUCACCCCACAGACUACAGCUAAGCUUGAAUAGAGUGGAGUCGGAGGAAGACUGUUCAAAUGCAGCAUUUGACAUUGAGUCCAUCGGUACCCUGACUGACCAGUGGGGGUGCUAGAGAACAAACGUGGACCCCUAACCAACUGAACCUUCUCAAACACUGGCCACUAAUUGCACGUUGCCCUAUGGAGCUACCGACUACAGUCAGCACUGGCACGGACUGGAUUUAAUUCAAGACCGUGGGGCUCAUCCUUGCACCAGAGUGGUGCCUUAACUGAAUGAGUGCCACCCAGCAGCAAUAUUUCUUUCUCAGCUAGUAAAAAUAUUUGUGUUCAUGAAGUAUUUCAAAGGAGUAACAAACUUGGACUGGCUCAUUCAGCUGGAGCGAGCAUGAUGAAAUAUGUAAAUGUCUACCAGCCUUGAAAUGUAUCACUCUGCCACAUAACAUUUUUUUUCAUCUUCUCAGAACUCUUGUGGAUACAGUUCAUGCUUUUAUUUUGUAAGAUUUAGUUUCAUAAAUAGUAAACAUAAAAGUAGUUCUUCAUUGUGUUUUUUUCUAUUCAUCCUUGAAGAAUAGGGAAUGCCACCAAGAGCAUUGGAAAGUUGCUCUGUCAGUGCGUCAUUGCGAACUUUGUCACACAGUUUUGUCUGACAAGUAAACUUCCUUUCUGAAGAAAAUCUAAGAGACCGAUGGCUUGAACAGCAGUAUUUGCCAAGGGACCUACAUUAUGGAUGCACCAGCUUGCUUCUGUGCACAGUACUAUACAUAUGUGCAACAUAUAUCUAUGUGGAAAGGAUUGAUCAUCUACUUGAUUUAUUUAUCAUUCUGUGAUAUAAUAAAAAAAAACAUUGUUUAUAAGAGAUAUGAUUUAAUUUACAAGAGAAGCUCAUUGUACUUCAAAAAAUUCCAAGUUGGACAAUGCCCAAAGGACACACUGUUUUGUUGCCUUUCUGUGUGUUUGUGCGCGUGUGUGUGUGUAAGUGCGUGCAUGUGUGAAUUUCUGUGUGUAUUAUGAGUGUUUUUGAGUGUUUUCUGCAUUAGUGAGUGUGAUUCUGUAGUUGUGUGCAUCCAUAUAUGUGGCUAUAUUUAGGCAUAACUUUGUCAUCCUGCUCGCUUUUACUCGCAUGCCAUUUGUGAAUUCAAACUCUUGUGUUCUGUUUGGUAUGUUAUUGCAAUAGUUUGUGUACAGAGCAAAGUCAGUAUCACCACUCAGAGUGCGCCUUAUCCCUCCAUGUAAUUGUCUAUGUCAGGGGUGGGCAAUUUCAGUCCUGGAGGGCCAGUGCUUAUGCAGGUUUUUGUUUCCACCAAUUACACUGGGUAAAUAAGCAAAUUGGCUGACUAUACCAACACUCGUUCAGUAGUAGAUUUAAUCACUGUAAAACGUUUCAUAUUGUGACACAAGAACAGUCUUCGGCUGUCAUUCAUGCGCAUGAAAACCAGAAACAGUUGCGGCCCUCGUUGCCCACCUCUGCUCUAUGUUGUGUACUUUUUAUGUGUUUAUGAAUGAGGGGGUGCUAAUGUCUACAGUGUCAAGAGAAAGAGCCUCUUGGGAUGGAGUACAACCUACUACAACAAAUGGAGGUUGUAGAAGGCCUUAUCAUUACUCAUAGAAUGAAUUACUAUAGCUAUUUGUAACAGCGUUAAUGUAACACUGUCAUCAUAAUCAUCAUCAUGAAAUUAUAAUAACCCUUAAUUCUAUGCAUUUUUUCUGCAAUACAUGUGGAAUUCUAGAUUCCCUUAUAUGGCCAAUGUGGUACGCUUGCACAUUUAUUACCAUAGCUUACUAGCUAGCUUAUAAUGAGUCUCUUUUGGAUUCCGCAGUCUGAAUUUACACUUAAACUGCAAUUAAGAACAAUGACUAUGGUAAUGUUAACUAAAUUCAUUCAGAUAUUACUAUCACCACUUCUACUUUAUGAACAGCUACGGCUUCCACUUUUUCCAUCUCUUCUUAUUUGAAUGGCACGUGGUCCAUUCAGGUUAUUUGGAGAGAAAUAUGACACCUCAAGGUUGGACUUAGCUGACUGGACAUAAAAUGUGAAUGGCGGAUCUUGCUGACGUGUCACGCUUUUGUCAGUUUGUCUGUCUGCAGUGCUGUAUUCCUUUAUGAGCUGUUCACUAUUUCUGUUCUUUAGUAACACAGCCUCACUAGCUGCUCAAAACUGCCUGCAUUGAUACAUAAAUGUGAAAAGCCACUCAGGUAUUGAUUCACAGAAGUGUCCAAUGUACUGAAAAUAUGACACUUCCUCACCAAGGCGUAUGUCCUAUAAUAGGUACUAGUCUUGUGUCCUUUGUACACACUGGUCUUAUAGUAGGGGGCAGUGUAAACUUCCUCCAUAUGCUAUGAAUUAUAUUUUGGUGAGUAAGAUGGCAGGAGUUAUGACCGCUACAUCAUGCCGUCUGUCUCAUCAUAGGCACGUCCAUCUGUCUUUAUUGUUUGGUCUCCUACUUUACCUCCCCAUCUGUUUUAUUUUCAUUCUAGUUUCUCUACCUCACACUGUGUGUACUGCCAUUGUUGUGUAUUCUUGGGUCUUGGACAGUAGUGUUAGUGCUGUUGUAACCUUGUUCUCUCUCUCUCUCUGUCUCUGUCUCCAGACACCCCUGCUCUCUCAUGUUCUCUUUGUCAUUUCCUCACACACUCUGUUUUUCUCUCUGUUGCUAUCUCUCAGUUCAGUGUCAGUGCAGUUCAGAAUGGCUAUGGUGAAAAAUGUUUGCAUGCUUAUGCUAGCAUGAAUGAUGUCAAUUCGAUACCGUGAAAAUUUAAUUACUGAUGCUCAAAGCAAAAACAGACAACAAACUUGAUACUAAUACUACUAAUGAUGAAAAUUACAAAUAUAGUGACCGUGAUCAGUAUGAUGAUAACAUUGUUAAUACUGUAUUAUGUAUAAAAUUGUAUUUAUAUUUGUUUUUUUAUGUUUUCCUUUGAAAUUGAGUUUAUUUUGUUGAAAACAAAGCCAGAAAUUUGAGUGGGCAGUGGAGAAAUACAAUUUUUAGAGACAGUGAUUUAACAAGAACAGCAACGAUUGCAAUGAUUAUCCAGUGGAAGCCUUGAAAGUCGAAAUAAAGGAAAUGCAAUAUAA